UCAGCUACUGCCUAAAUUCACAUAUACUUACUUGGUGCUUUCCUUUUUCGUUACUAGCAUCUCCUUUCAUUGUAAUUGCAAGAUUUUUAUUUGCAUUUCUUCUAAUUGUGGCAAGCUGAAUAGGUACAUUUUUAUGCGACCGGAUAAAAAAAUGUAGUACUUCGAAGUACUACAUCGUUAAGUUAAACAUCAAACCGAUUACCUAACUAUUUACCAUUAAUGUUUUAAGGGACUCAAUUGUAAAUUCAUGUUGCCUUUGUAUAUUGCUGUCCUCAGUUUCAAGUACGUAACGAGUAGCUUUCGCGCGAUAUUUCACAUAAUCGGCGACUGUAUUUUGUGUGCGCCUGCUGUACAAAGAACUGGUUUGUUGCCAUCAGUUCACUGGACAAUUGAACGUGUUUUGGCUGUCGGUAUGUUGCCGUUGUAUCCAAUCGCGAUUUACAUGGAUACUCCAAUGAUGAAUUUUAUUGUGGUUACUGCUGUUUCUAUUCAUUCCUACUGGGGUUUUGAUGGAGUGAUCAAGGAUUACGCAUUCGAACGCCGCUAUGGUCCUGCACUAAUGCCUAUAUUGCGUACAUUGUGGAAAAUAAUGUGUGGCUUCGGUUUUGGUGGUCUACUGUACUUCAACUUCAAUGAUGUAGGAUUCAUUUCAGCUGUGAAAAAACUAUGGGCUUUAUAAAAAACCUUUUGUCUUAUCACCCUAAUUUUUUAUUGAUCUCGAAAUAACUUGUAAUAUUUGGGUAAAAUGUGAAUCCUUACUGUUACUUAUCAGCGUUUGUUUUUUCAAAUUAGUUUAAUUUUUCGCUGUCUAAUGUUUUCGAAUACCCCAAAUUAGAAACUAAAUUCACAA